AGCAGAUGAGUGCUGUUGUUGUGAUGUUUCAAAGCGAGCAAAGAAACAAUUUAGCUCUUCUGCCAGCAUCGCAUUCAGGUCUCCUGUUGUCGCCUCACGGCCUCUGUAGUUCGUGAUGUUCCGUAUGCCCCGUAUGUACUCGAGGUCAGGGGAACAAUGUUUAUCUAUCAUUGUUCCGUUGUUACACCAAUUCUCAUGCACAUACAUACAGAGCCCCCCCUCUGCUCUUACCGGAGUCCUCAGUCCUGUCCCAGUGAAGCAUAGUACGACCUGCUAGCUGCAUGCUAGCAUCGGGUAUCCUCGGAUGAAGCCAGGUUUCAGUAAUAAUCAAAACACAGCAGUCACGAACGUAGCGAUUUCCAGCUAGUUGUAAUUCCAAGUUGUCGAUUUUAUUCACUAGGGAUCUGGCAUUGGAGAGAAACAGGCUCGGUAAAGGUGGCUUGUGUGGUUGUUUUCUUAGCCUUAGCAUAAUACCGGACCUGCAUCCCCGCUUUUGCUUCCUCUCCCUCCUCCAUCUGUGCCGCCUUCUGGACCCGACAACAAUCCACGGAGAGCCCGGCAAUCUCGCUAUGUCGUCUGGGAUGUUGUGCGUGUGAUGAAACAUUCUCGAAAUAGGUAUGCGGUGUUGGUCCCCAAUAUCCAUAAGGUUCUGACUUGUAUAGCGGAUGUUUGUGGAACCGAUAAUGCUCAAACAAGUAAUAAAGAAAUAAUACAAAAACAACAAAAGAGAGCACUGGAAAGGAGAGCCGUGAGCCGCAGCAACUGUGUGCGCCGCCAUCUUGGAUUCCGCCAAUCAAUAAAUGAAGCAAUGGCUCCGAUUCAUGUGGUCCUGGUUCUUUGCCCGUCAGUGGGUGCAGCUCCAACUGGAUAAGCACUGUAGGAACCUGGACAAUGUAGAACAGUUUGUGGGGGAGUUCAUGAUGCGGUUCGGGAGUCCGGAGGCAAGGGUCGAGCUAGAACAACUUUUCGGGGGGGUAUGUCUAACAGGCAAACCUGCCCUGCUGUUUACCCACUACUACAGGCAAAUUCAUGCAGAGCCCCAGCCGGAGGUUAACCUGGCGACCUCUGAGCUCGAACCUGAGACCCACGAGGUGGGCUCACCUGCCGAGCUCCAGCUAGAGGUCAACAGGGAGGCUCCAGCACCAGAGCUCAACCCUGAGGUCCAAGUCAAGUCUGAAGUCUUUGAAGUCCAAGUCAAGUUUCAUGUCCCUGAGGUCCAAGUCCAAGUCAAGUCUCUAGUCUCUGAAGUCCAAGUCAAGUCUCAAGUCCCUGAGGUCCAAGUCAAGUCUCCAGUCUCUGAAGUCCAAGUCAAGUCUCAAGUUCCUGAUGUCACGUCCAAGCCUGCUGAUCCAGUUGACCAAGUUCUGCUAACAUCUAAGCCUAACAACCAAGUUCUGCUCACGCCCAAGUCUACUGACAUGGCCGACCACGUUCUGCUCAAACCCAAGUUUACUGAUACGUCCAACCAAGUUCUGAUCAAGCCCAAGUCUACUGAUAUGGCCGACCAAGUUCUGCUCACGCCUGAGUCUACUGAUACCGCCGACCAAGUUCUGCUCACGCCUAAGUCUAACGACACGGCCGAACACGUUCUGCUCAAGCCCGAGUCUACCGACCCGGUCGCCAAAGUUCAGCCCAUGCCCAAGUCUACCGACCCGGUCCCCCAGGUUCAGCCCACGCCCAAGUGUACCGACCCGGUCGCCCAAGUUCUGCCCACGCCCAAGACUACCGACACGACCACCCAAGUUCUGCCAAAGCCCGAGUCUGCUGACACGCACAGCCAAGUUCUGCUCACGGCCGAGUCUGCUGACAAGCACAGCCAAGUUCUGCUCACGCCCGAGUCUGCUGACACGCACAGCCAAGUUCUGUUCACGCCCGAGUCUGCUGACAUGCACAGCCAAGUUCUGUUCACGCCCGAGCCUGCUGACACCCACAGCCAAGUUCUGCUCACGCCCAAGUCUACCGACACGGCCACCCAAGAUCCACCCAUGCCGAAGGUUCACCUGGUGACCUCGUAGCCUCAGCCUCCCUGUUCGGCUGAGGUCGUCGCUCAGCCUUCCUGCUCCAUGGUGAACAUCGUUCCCCCCUCAUGCUUCGCGGAGAGCUUCGUUCCUCUCCCUGGCCUCACGGAGACCCACGCUCCUCUCCCUGGCCUCACGGAGACCCACGCUCCUCUCCCUGGCCUUACUGGGGAUUUCGCUUCGCCUUCCUGCACUCCUGAGUACAGCGCUCUGUUUCCCUGUUCAGCCGAGGACGUCGCUCUGCUUCCCUUCUCCGCCGAGGACGUCGCUUAGCCUGCCUGCCCAGCUGUGGUCGUCGCUCCGCUUUCAUGCUCCGCCGAGGACGUCACUCCGCUUUCCUGCUCCGCCGAGGAUGUCCCUCCGCUUUUCUGCUCUGCCGAGGAUGUCGUUCCGCCUUCAUGCUCCGCCGAGGACUUCGCUCAGUCUGUCUGCCCAGCUGUGGUUGUCGCUCUGCCUACCUGUUCAGCCGGGGAUGUCGCUCCGCUUUCAUGCUCCGAGGAGGACGUCACCCUGCUUCCCUGCUCUGCUGAGUACAGCGCUCUGUUUCCCUGUUCAGCCGAGGACGUCGCUCUGCUUUCCUGCUCCGCCGAGGACGUCGCUCUGCCUUCAUGCUCCGCCGAGGACUUCGCUCAGCCUGCCUGCCCUGCUGUGAAUGUCGCUCUGCUUUCAUGCUCUGCCGAGGACUUCGCUCAGCCUGUCUGCCCGGCUGUGGUCGUUACUCUGCCUCCCUGUUCAGCCAGGGACGUCGCUUCGCUUCCCUGCGCCGCCAAGAACACCAUGUGGUUUCCUGGCUCUGCUUGGAACAUUCAGCCCAGGGGGCCGGGGCCGCCAAUGAAAUGGGAUGACUCAUGGCACUCCGGGAGGAGUGCCUUUGGGGGGGGUUCUGACAUGAUUUCCCCUUGAAGCAGCAUGCUCUAAGCGCGAAUGCGCGAGUACCUGCUUUUCCAUUGUUGACAGUAGUGACAUCUGGACACGUGUGUUUUGUUUAUGUUUCUGUCAUGUCUCCUCCCUGUUCUGUCAUUGGCUGGGAUUUCACGUGUGUCUGUAUUGCCCUCAGCUGCUAGCAGUUUAGACGCUGAUCAUGUCCACAUAUAUACCGCGCGCCUCCCAGCACACAACGUGGAAGAUUAUCGUAGAGUUAGAUUAGUUUGUUUAGUAGUCAUAGUCACGGUCCAUGUUUAGAAUUAGUUCACGCUGGAUUAUCUGCUCCGGGUUCCUCGUCAUAGUUCAUGUUUCUCGUUUUGUUUAUUGACCCUGUUUUCCGUGACCACGACCUUGAUUCAUGUUUAACCCUGUGUAUGCCUGUUUGCCGAUCGCCUGACCUUCGCCUGUUUUGGAUUACGUUUAUGGAUCACGUUUUGGAUUUGUCUGCCUGUCUCUCUUUUAAAAUAAACAUCUAUUCAUACUGCACUUGCAUCCGUCCUAUCUCCGCUCCGUCACGAUACGUGACAAAUAUCUGCUUUAAUUUAUUCUGUAAUGAUCUCAUUCUUUGUGUUUAAACCGCUGAACAACAAAACAAUCAAUGAUUCAUUUAUUAAUAAGAGUAGAAUUACAUAACAUUACUCAUAAUAUAAAGUGAAUGUUAAUAUUAUACUGUUUUAAUAUUUAUGUUAAUGUCAGUAAAUUAAUCCAACAUGAAUUGUUACAGUUUCAGUCAAAAUGAUUCAACCCCCAUCGCAAAUUUAAACACAAAGAAUGAGAUCAUUAUAGAAUAAAUUAAAGUUGAUAUUAGAAUGAUUGAAACUACAACACAACUUUACACAUUAAUUAAAUAACUCAGUGUUACACAGUAAACAGCAUUAUAAUUGUUUUACUUUUAUAAAGAUGGGUUAAACCUAUAAUAUUAAUAUUAAUAUUUUUCCUGGUGUAAUUAGUUGCACCAGGUGUGCUUGAGCUGGAACACAUGAAAUACCUGAACUGGCUAGAGGCGGAAUGUACAUGAAAUUCCUGGACGGGGCAGAAAAAGGAAGCUAUGAAUGGCUGCAAGCAGAUUUCUGAGAAGGCAGGAUGUGAAAAACCCUUGAGUGACUGUAAAAGACCUGCAGCGAGACUUGGUGUUACAGACACUGAGGUUUCAGUGAGCACAGUAAACGCAGAAGGUUUCCAUGCCAGAGCUCCAAGACGUUCACCACUACUGCCCCAAAAGCAGAAGAAAAGUCCCUCAAAAUCAUAUUAAUAAGAGACAGAAGUUUUGGGAUUCUGUUCU